AUGGCAAUUUCAGGAACAGAGUCACAGUCACAAACUCAAACUUCAACAACUACUGUUAUAAAAACCGUUAAUCAUGUUGAAGUUGAGUGUGUGAAAUGCGACUCAUGCAGUUUCACGGAAGAAUGCACACCUGCGUACAUCUCCAAAGUUCGUCAGAGAUAUCAAGGUAGAUGGCUCUGUGGACUCUGCGUUGAAGCUGUCAAAGACGAAGUUGUUAGAUCAGAGAGGCUUAUCACCAUUGAAGAAGCACUCAAUAGACAUAUCAGUUUCUGUAAAGAGUUCAGAUUGUCGUCGGCUAAAACUGAACAUCCUAUCUUUGUUAUGAGCAGAAUUCUUCGCCGGAGUUUGGAUUCUCCUCGACGGUCGCCGCCACUUCGGUCGAAUUCUGCUGGAGUUCUUCCGCCGGUUGAUCGCGUUCGUUCUUCUUCCUUGAUUCGAUCGGAGAGUUGCUUUUCGUCGAUAUCUGGUUAA